GCGGGGAGCGGAGCCCUCAGUCCCUACCAGCGCACAGCUAGGCGUUGCUCGCCCUACGGGUCGAGGAGCGCGGUGGCGGCGGGUGAUCGUACCUGGGGACUUGGUUCGGAGGGACGUUGGCUUCUGGCAGCCGGAUUAAAGACAGAACCUUUGGGUGGCCCAGAGAAAGGAAAGCUGACUUGAGGCCCAGCUCUCAGAUUUCUGUGGAGACACUGCCUGCUCAUCGAUAUCAUGGCCCUCCACCCCCGCAGAGUUCGGCUGAAGCCCUGGCUGGUGGCCCAAGUGGAUAGUGGCCUGUACCCGGGGCUCAUCUGGCUACACAGGGACUCCAAACGCUUCCAGAUCCCCUGGAAACAUGCCACUCGGCACAGCCCCCAGCAAGAGGAGGAGAACACCAUUUUCAAGGCCUGGGCUGUGGAGACAGGGAAAUACCAGGAAGGGGUGGAUGACCCUGACCCAGCUAAAUGGAAGGCCCAGCUCCGCUGUGCUCUCAACAAGAGCAGAGAAUUCAACCUGAUGUAUGAUGGAACCAAGGAGGUGCCCAUGAACCCAGUGAAGAUAUAUCAAGUGUGUGACAUCCCCCAGCCCCAGGGCUCGAUCAUUAACCCAGGAUCCACUGGGUCUGCUCCUUGGGAUGAGAAAGACAAUGAUGUGGAUGAAGAAGAUGAGGAGGAUGAGCUGGACCAGUCACAGCACCACGUCCCCAUUCAGGACACCUUCCCCUUCCUGAACAUCAAUGGUUCUCCCAUAGCACCAGCCAGCGUGGGCAACUGCAGCCCUGAAGCAGUGUGGCCCAAAACGGAACCUCUGGAGAUGGAAGUGCCCCAGGCACCUGUACAGCCUUUCUACGGCUCUCCAGAGCUGUGGAUCAGCUCACUCCCAAUGACUGACCUGGACAUCAAGUUUCAGUACCGUGGGAAGGAGUAUGGGCAGACCAUGACUGUGAGCAACCCCCAAGGCUGCCGGCUCUUCUAUGGGGACCUGGGUCCCAUGCCUGACCAGGAGGAGCUCUUUGGUCCUAUCAGCCUGGAACAGGUCAAGUUCCCCGGGCCGGAGCACAUCACCAAUGAGAAGCAGAAGCUGUUCACCAGCAAGCUGCUAGAUGUCAUGGAUAGAGGACUGAUUCUGGAGGUCAGCGGGCACGCCAUCUAUGCCAUCAGGCUGUGCCAGUGCAAGGUGUACUGGUCUGGGCCAUGUGCCCCAUCACUUGUUGCCCCCAAUCUGAUUGAGAGACAAAAGAAAGUCAAACUGUUUUGUCUGGAAACCUUCCUGAGUGAUCUCAUUGCCCACCAGAAAGGACAGAUAGAGAAGCAGCCACCAUUUGAAAUCUACUUAUGCUUUGGGGAAGAAUGGCCAGACGGGAAACCCCAGGAAAGGAAACUCAUCUUGGUUCAGGUCAUUCCAGUGGUGGCUCGGAUGAUCUACGAGAUGUUUUCUGGUGACUUCACACGAUCCUUUGACAGUGGCAGCGUCCGCCUGCAGAUCUCAACUCCAGACAUCAAGGAUAACAUCGUUGCUCAGCUGAAGCAGCUGUACCGCAUCCUGCAAACCCAGGAAAGCUGGCAGCCCAUGCAGCCUACCCCCAGCAUGCAACUGCCCCCUGCCCUGCCAGCUCAGUAAUCAUGAAUGCCAUCUUCCUUCUCUUUUUUAUAAUAUUGUACAUAUGGAUAUUUUUUAUUUUUCAGAUUUAACCAGCUUUCAAAAGCCUUUCUUCUAACAAUAUUAGUAGUCUCUGACUCUUCAAGUAUGUCUAGCUUUUAAAGUUGAUUUAAUUUAUGAAAAAAAUCACCCUUCAUACUUUCCUCUUCUUUAAACCUCCCAAGGUAGUAUAAUGUAGUAUCAAUAGAAGGAGAUUUAGCCUGGGAGUUUGGACAACAGGGUUCUAACUGCAGCUUUGCUUCCAGUGGGGUGGCGUUGAACCAAGUCAUUUAACCUCUGGGCUUUAUAUUCGUUACUGUAAAGUGAAGGAGUUAGAAUGAUGCCUGAAAUAAUGCCAGCUUUAAGACUCUGACUUGAUGACUUCAUUCUAUUUGUACAAGGCAAAACCGCCUGGAACAGAACCCUUCUGCCUUGUUCUUGCGCCAUGUUUUUUUUCUUUUUCUUUUUUGCUUUCAUUAAAGUCCCCUGAAGCACUGA